AUGAAAUUAUUUAAGGCUUUUUGUCAAGGGAAGUCUAUUCUUGUAAGAGAUACAUAAAAGUUGACAAAAUAUAUUGAUCUUUGUCUAAAAACUCCUGUUUCUUAUAAGGGAAUACAAAAGUCUAUUGGUUAUGAUGAAAUCAUUCGUGCAUAAUUCAAUUCAAAGGAGUUUAAUAAAGCAUUAUUCCCUUAAUUUAUCAAUUUAAUUGGAAGAGAUUUUAAAGAAAUAAAUUAAAAGGAGUUUAACUAUUUUAUACAAUCUCUUAGUUGUUAUGUAGAAAGUGCUACAAAUCAAAAAGUUUUUGAUAAAUUGAUAUUUGAAAAUUUUGUAAACUAAGUAAGUUUGAAUGCUACAUAUAUUUAAAAAAGCUUAUUCUUCUUAACUUUAUAUUGGUAUGUCGCUUUUUAUGAGGCAAUUUAAUAAAGUUAAUAAGUUGUAGAUAAAUUCUAAGCUGAUUUAUUUGAAUAAGUACCUGAAACAGCUGAAGAUCGUCUUUGGAGAGUGUUUAUUGAAAUGCAUCAAUUAUAAUUGAAGAAAAAAUCAUAAAUAAAUGAUGAAAAAUUAAAAAAAGAAGAAUAAAAAAUAAUGGAGAAGUUUAUUGAUCAAAUUGAAGAAGUUGAUAUUAAUUUACCAAAGUUUACAAAUAUUAUGAGUAGAUUUAUGUUGUUAAAAUAUUAUUCAUUUUUAAAGUACUUUAAUGUAAUAUUAUGAUAAAAUUAAUUAGGUAUAAAAUUUUGACAAAAGAUUUCAUAAUUUAUUAUUUUCUGUUUAUACAACUUCACAGAAUUACAUAACAGAAAAUCUAUCCUCCUUAAAUUCAUUUGGAUUAUAUGGAUAUAUUGAUUUAAUAUCAUAAAACAAGGAUAUAUUUAUAGCCACAAAAUGGGAUAUCAUAUUGAAUGAGAUCAACUCUAAAAAUUUGAAUGAAAUUCCUAUAUUUGAUAUUAUUGCUUUAUCAUUUGUUAUUAUAAAAAAUAAUAAAAUGACAACUUAAUUGGGCAAUCGAAUCAUUUAGUAUUUUUAAUUUGAUAAUUUAAUUUAGGCAUUUAUAUGAUAAUAUUAAUUCUAUAAGUUCUAAUAUGUAUGCAGAUAUAUUUUAGAUAAUUGCUAAAGUUAAUUGUGAUCUAAAUGAUAAAUUUUUAACAAAACUAUAAUCAAAAGUUAUUCCAAAAGAUUUAUCAUUAGAACAUAUAUCAAUUAUACUUGGUGUACUUUAACGUUUUCAUAGAAUAGAUCUAAAUAUAUUGGAAAAGUAUUUGGUAGGAAUUGGAACAAGAAUUAAGGAUAUUGAUAAAAAAUCUGGUUUAGGAAUUUUAUCUGCUCUUAAUUAUAAUCAUUAAUAAAAUCCUGUAAUAUUUUCUUAAAUCUUAUAACUUAAAUUAGAAGAAGAUAAAGAUUUGUAAUUAUAAAUAGAAAUAUUAAAAUAUUUAUAAUUGCAUGAUCCAUAAAAUGAUUUUUGUAUGAAAAUUUAAUAAAAUUUUGUUAAGAGUUUGAAAAAGGAAUAUGAUUUUAAAUUAAUUUGUUCAAUUCUUGAAGUUCUAUUGCAUUUUAAUGAUUAGAGUUAGAAGACAAUUACAAUUAUACCUGAACUUAAAUAAUAUGUUAAGAAAGGUUUAGAAUAAAUAAAAUAAUCUAAUGAACUUGAUAAAGAUGUAUUGGAAUUUUUAAUGAAAUAAUAUAAGAUUGAGAUAUGA